CACGGCCACCGGGCCACAGCGCUCUUAACACGCCCCAGGCACGCACCCUGGCCCCAGCGCACGCCACGCACCUCGCCACAUGUCGUCGUCUACCUCUCCCCCGACUCCUGCCGACGAGAUAGUAAGCUCUGGCGUUGUGACGGCCGACCCGUACCUGGCGCCGCACGCACCCGUCCUCGCUGCCCGCCACGCGGCGUAUGCCAAGACCAAGGCGGCCAUCGAGGCCACCAGCGGGAGCCUCACCGACUUUGCACUCGGCUUCAACACCUUUGGUCUCCGCCGGACGGACGAUGGUGGAUGGCGAUACACAGAAUGGGCGCCCGCUGCUGCCGGUCUUGCCCUUGUCGGCCCGUUCAACUCGUGGGACGUCGACGCCCAUCGCGCAGAGGUCGACGAGUACGGCGUGUGGCGCGUCACCAUUCCGCCACACACCCUCGCUCCGGGGGAUGUGGUCAAGACUGCUGUUCAGAUGGGCCCGACAGCGGUCCACGGUGCGCUUGGUGAGUGGCAUCAUCGCAUCCCGGCGUGGAUCGAGCGCGUCGAGCAGGAUCCCGAGACCGGUGCGUUCCACGGCGUGGCGGUCGACAGUGCAAGCGAGGACUAUCAGUGGCAGGCGCCGAGGCCGGUUGCUCCGCCAGGCCCCGGGGCCACGGAAGAGCCGCUCAUCAUCUAUGAGGCCCACAUCGGGAUCGCGUCGGAGGAGCUCGCGGUCGGGAGCUACGCCCACUUUACCGCCAACGUCCUUCCGCGCAUUGCCGCGCUUGGGUACAACACUGUUCAGCUGAUGGCAGUCAUGGAGCACGUGUACUACGGCUCGUUUGGUUACCAAGUCACCUCGUUCUUUGCGGCGUCGUCGCGGUACGGGAGCCGGAUCGAGCUCAAGUCACUCAUCGACACUGCGCACUCGCUAGGCCUCCGCGUCCUCCUCGAUGUCGUCCACUCGCACGCGUCUAAGAACGUGCUCGACGGACUCAACGGGUUUGACGGAAGCGACGCCGGCUACUUUCACGCCCCGCCGCGCGGCGACCACCCGCUCUGGGACUCGCGGGUCUUUGACUACUCGCAGCUUGAGGUCCUCCGCUUCCUGCUCUCCAACCUGCGGUACUGGAUCGAUGAGUUCCACUUUGACGGCAUGCGGUUUGACGGCGUCACCUCGAUGCUUUACACCCACCACGGAGUGGGCAUGGGCUUCUCCGGCUCGUACGAUGAGUAUUUUGGCGCCGAUGCAUGCGUCGACACCGACGCUGUCGUCUACCUCAAGCUGGCCAAUGAGCUUGUCCACUCGCUGGCUGCAGCCUCUGGCGGCUCGCUUGUCACGAUCGCCGAGGACGUGUCGGGAAUGCCGACGCUCUGCCGCCCGGUCGACGAGGGCGGUGUCGGCUUUGACGCCCGCCUCGCCAUGGCGCUUCCGGACAUGUGGAUCAAGCUCCUCAAAGAGGUGCCCGACGAGGAGUGGAACAUGGGCCACCUCGUCCACACCCUCACCAAUCGGCGGUUCAACGAGGCAACCAUUGCGUACGCCGAGUCGCACGACCAGGCGCUGGUCGGCGACAAGACCAUUGCCUUCUGGCUCAUGGACGCCGACAUGUACACCCAUAUGUCGGUCCUCACCUCGCCCACGCCGCGCAUUGACCGCGGCAUCGCGCUCCACAAGCUCAUCCGCGCCCUCACGUACAUGCUUGGCGGCGACGGCUGGCUCGCCUUUUGUGGCGCAGAGUUUGGCCAUCCCGAGUGGCUCGACUUUCCGCGCGAGGGCAACAGCUACUCCCACAAGCACGCCCCUGCGCUGGCUCGCCCGUCGCGCCCGGCAUACGUCUCGGCCAAGCACGAGGCCGACAAGAUCAUCGCCUUUGACGUCUCGCAUGCCGUCGUCGUCUUCAACUUCCAUCCCUCGUCGUCUUUCGAGUCGUACCGCUACGGCGGACAUGCACGCAACGCGCUCGAUACCGUCUUCUUCUCCGAGCCGGUUCCCUGCGGCGGCCGCGACCACUCGAUCCUCGUCUACUCGCCCUCACGCACCGUGGUCGUCUACAAGCUCCGGACGGUGGUGGUGAGGGCUGCCAAGCGGCCAAAGGUGACGCUCGAGUCGCUUGACUUGCCUGGAGUUCGAGAUGAAGUAGCUGAGAUGGAAGACAACGAAGUAGUGAGUGCCAUCGAGGCCAUGGUACUGCGGAUGGCCCAUGAGAUUUUGGCAGAGAAGGGCCUCACCUACGAGGUGCCCUCGCGAUCGUCGUCGAACCAGCAGUUUGUGCCCGAACUCAACCGGAUGGUGCUCAAGAGCAAGACCACCAUCCGGGACUUUACUGGCAUCAACUCGGUGCGAAAGACCGCCAUCACUACCCGUGUCCUGCAGCUCAUCCACGAGCUCUGCUCCAAGGGCAUCCACGUGACCAAGCGUGACCUGUUCUACACAGACGUCAAGCUCUUUGAAAAGCAGACCGAUACCGACGACAUUUUGGACGACGUCGCCACCAUGAUCGGCUGCACACGGACCUCGCUCAACGUUGUCGCCUCUGAAAAGGGUGUCGUUGUCGGCCGCGUCUCCUUCCGUGACGCCGGCGACCUCAUCGACUGCACCCGCAUGGGCGUUGGCGGCAAGGCCAUUCCGCCCUUCACCGACCGCAUCACUGACAUCGAGUCCGACGCCGAGUUUAUCCUCGUCGUCGAGAAGGACGCCGCCUUUAUGCGCCUCGCCGAAGACCGCUUCUACAACACCUACCCUUGCAUCAUCAUCACCGCCAAAGGCCAGCCUGACGUCUCCACACGCCGCUUCCUCAAGCGCCUCAAGGAGGAACUCAACCUCCCUGUCCUCGGCCUCUUUGACUCGGAUCCCUACGGCUGCCGCAUCUUCUCCGUCUAUACUACCGGCUCCAAGAACCUCUCCUACGACUCGGCUUCGCUCGCCACCCCGGACAUCAAGUGGCUCGGCGUCCGCCCCUCUGAUCUCGACCGCUACAACAUUCCCGAGCAGUGCCGCCUCCCACUCUCCGACCGUGACAUCACCGCUUGCCACCAGCUCCUCAAGGAGGAGUUCAUCAAGUGCAACCCCGAGUGGGUCAAGGAGCUCAAGCUCAUGCUCAAGACCAAGGUCAAGGCCGAGAUCCAGGCCCUGGCCACCUUUGGCUUCACCUACCUCUCCGAGACCUACCUCCCACAGAAGCUUGCUGCUGGCGACUGGAUCUAG